CUCUCCUCACACUCCACUCGCUCUUUUGUUUGCCACUCUUCCUGGGCAGGAACCCUCUGAAGACCCUCAAAAUUUGUCCUGGCAGUGGUUCCAGGAGAGAGCACCGAUCGGCUUACCGGCCCCACCCUGCAGGGGUUUCCCCUUCCAUGGAGCCCCCCCUCGCCACCUGCCCGGGACCCGGGGCUGACACCGUGCCCCACUUUGGAGCCUCGGGACUGGGGGAGGGGGAAGAGCUGGCAGGGCCCUUGAAGGUACGUGUGGAGGGCUGUGUUUUCAUCGUAGAGCGAACUCUGCUAGCAGGUAGCUGCGCGUACUUCCGGGCACUGUUUCGCUCGGGAAUGCGGGACAGCCGCACAGAUGAGCUUUACCUGCAAGGUGGGCUGCAUCCGGCGGGGUUCCUGGUGGCUCUGGCCGUGGUGAGAGGAGAGCGGCCCCCCAUCCCGGAUGCUGAUCGGCUCCUGGAGGCUGUGGAGUGCGCCGCGUUCCUCCAGGUGGAGGCGCUAGAGAGUCACCUGACUGACAUAUUGGACACUGACAACUGCUUGCUGCUGUGCCAAGCGGCAGCGACAUAUGGCUUACACAAGCUGUUUUCGAGCGCCGCCACUUUCAUUCGCGAUUCCUACCGUGACCUGAAGUGGGCGGCAGAGGAGUCCCUGCACCCAGACAUCCUCAGCUACAUUGACUCGCUCACGCCAGCCUCCUUCAUAGCCUUGGGCACUCACACGCCCUCUAUGGAGAUCCUGCAGGACUCUUACCGCACCGUGUGCCACCUGGACGAGGAGCAAGGCGUCUGGAAGUUCCUGACCGACCUGCCGGUACCCGCCAGCACCUCCAUGGCCGGCGUGGCCGUUCUGGACGGACGACUGUACGUGAUCGGAGGUGUGGUGGGGGUCAGCAAAGUGUCGGUGGACGCUGGUUUCUGCUACGACUCGCAAACAAACUCCUGGACCGACAUACCGGGUCCAGCUCAAUCUCGCUACGACUUCACGCUCCUCGGCCUGGAGGGUAAGUUGUACGCGAUAGCAGGUGAGCACUCCAGGCAGAUCAUGUCCUCUGCCGAGACCUUCGACGUGGCGUCGGGGACCUGGUCUUUCAUAAAGCACACGCCGAGACCCGUGGCGGGGGCCGCGGGGGCCGUAUGCCGGCGCAGGAUCUUCGUGUGCUUCUGGAAGCCUCCGGACAUCUCCGACAUCUACGAGUACGUGCCCGCCACGGACGAGUGGACGCUGGUCACCACCAUGGUGCACCACCAGAGCUACGGCCACUGCAUGGUGGCGCACCGGGACAACCUGUACGUCAUGCGCAACGGCCACGGCGACGACUUCCUGCGCUGCCUCAUCGACUGCUACAGCAUCACCACGGGCCAGUGGAGCACGCUGCCGGGACACUACAUGAACAGCAAGGGGGCGCUGUUCUCCUCCGUGGUCAGGGGAGACUCGGCCUUCACGGUCAACCGAGCCACCACCGUCGAGUUUAACGUUAGCAUGCAAGGGUGGAGGCAAGUAAGGCAGAUGACCGGUUUCCCGAAGAGCGGAUCGCUAUGGACUUGUCUACUCCGACUGCCCAGGAAGGGAUUACCAGAGGAGCCUCCGAAACCAGGGAACGUGGAGGAAAACGAUGAACAAGAAGUAAAAGAGAAUGGUCUUGAGUGUUAGAGGAUCAUUCUCUUAUUAAAAACAAACUUUUCUUUUGUCUGACAGGAUGUGGAGGCGAUCAGAUAUUCAAUACGAUUUGUAAAGCAACCAUUUCGGAUUCAUGAAUAAACAUAUUUCUACGUGUUUUUGUAAGCCCUGUCUGAGU